UUUGGUUGUAGUUUAUAGGUGACAAUGUGGAAUGUUGGACAUUACACAUAAAACGCUUUGGGAUAUUUAUAUCUUGUCAUUCUAGGCUAUCAAACCAAUGAUAACAGUGGGGGGCAGAUAAAGCAGGAUGUCAAAUUGUUCUAACGAGUUUCCCACCACUGGAGUUUUAUACGAUGAGCUAAGUGUUGGGGCAUUGGUACCUGGACUGAUUGGAUGCGCCCUUGCUUUUGUUGUUAUUGGUAUAUAUAUAGAAGAGAUAUGGUUUAUUUUACAUCACUACCCACACAAAACACAGAGAACAAAAUUUAUUUGUUUACUUGGACUUUAUCCAGUAGUAUGUAUUACCUCAUCAUUUGCUGUUUUAAUACCAAGGGCGACAUUUCUUUGCGAACUUGUGGCGGCCACAUAUUUGUCGUUUUGCAUUCUAUUGUUUGUCAACAUGAUGGUUUCCUACUUUGGAGGUACAAAAAACCUUCUACAUGUGAUGACGGACGAAAAGAUGCCAUUUGGAGUACCACCUUGCUGUUGUUUGGUUUGUUUCAACAAGUUACCUUUUAACAGGAAACACCUGCGGAUAGCGACCAUCAUGGUACUACAGAUUACAAUCAUCAAACCAUUGUCCCUGUUUAUAGCAGCUGUCUUGUGGACCGAUAAUCAGUAUUCACCAGGCGACGAGAGCGCUCCAAAGAAUGGUGUGUUUUACACAAACUUGACUAGUAUAAUAUCUACAGUGUCUGGAAUCUGGGGAAUCGCUAUUAUAUAUCGAUCAACCAGGUCGAAACUUCCAGCCUAUAGGAUUGGUAUAAAGUUUAUAAGUCUUCAGCUUGUUCUGAUAUUUCUUAAUCUGCAGUUUAGUAUAAUUAGCCUCCUAGCAAGGAAUGAUAUACCAGGAUGUGCAGGUACCAGGGACUCUCUUGUCAGAGGAUACCGGCUUCACCACACUAUGCUAGUUUACGAAGCGUUUCUAGUUUCAAUAUUAGCAAGAUUUGCUUACAGACGAUUAGAACCAGAACUUCUAAGUAGAUUAGAAUUCCAAGACGAGGUUCAGAAAACUGAUGACAACAAAGUAAAUGGAAAUGUUUAAAGACAUUGAUAUUUAUUCCAACUACUCGUAUCUUUGUUUUUAAGUAGCAUGUGUUUACUUGUAUGUUUCAUUACUUAAAUAUAACUUUAAAAGAGUAGACGUCGAAACGAUAAGAGUGAACAGAAGAUGAAAGAUAGUUACAAAAGACAAUUAGACUGUGGUACUUGUUCGUGAACAUUUAUUCUGGAGAAAACAAUUUGAAAUCUAUGAGUUAUUUGAAAUCGAAAUUGUCUGAUACAGGAAUUAACGAAUCUUACAAACCUGUUCGUGCAUUUUUCAUUGUUAUUCAACGCAAAAUAAUUAUCUAAGAUACCUGGGACGGUCCAUGUCCACUCUGUGAUUUGUUAGAUGUAUUUCUGUCUGUACCCAUCUGAUGAGAUAAGCCUUUUUCAACUUAUUUUUUUUAGUUUAUUCUUAUGUUGUACUGUUACAACACUGUCCCAGGUUAGUGGGAGGAUUGGCGCCUUCAAAUAAGUUUAACCCCGCCACGUUCUGUAUGUGUCUGUCCAAAGUCAGGAGCCUGUAAUUCAGUGGUUGUCGUUUGUUACUGUGUACACAUUUGUUUUUCGUUCAUUAUUUUGUACAUAAAUUAGGUCGUUAGUUUUUCUAGUUUGAAUUUUUUUACAUUUUUAAUAUGGGACCUUUAAAGCUGACUCUGCUGUAUGGGCUUUGCUCAUUGUUGAAGGCCGUAUUGUGACCUAUAGUUGUUAAUUUCUGUGUCAUUUAGUCUUUUUUGGAGAGUUGUCUCAUUGGCAAUCAUACCACAUCUUUUUUUUUAUGGAAGUCUGGUUCUUCUUUAUAGUUGGUGACGAGUCCUGUUGACUGCACUUUAUGGCAAAGACACUGGGAAUAUUGGAAAAACAACCUUUGAUAUUGAUUCUUAGAAAGGCUGAUCUGGCAGAAUUCUAGACAACAGCUUCGUUAUCAAAAAAAGGAAGUUGUUGGGUUCAGGUGAAUCUGACGUUGGGUGUUAGCAGUCUUCAAUAGUGCAGAGAAUGUUGUAUUAAUGUCCUCUGACUUCCCUAGUAAAAUUGUAAAGACUUCUGGAAAAAUCUCUCCAUCAACAAGUACGUGUAAAGUGUAGAAUGUAAAUGAGUUUAUACCUUUUUUUUUAAAUUGCAUACAUUAUUUAUUCAAAAACUUUAUAGAGAAAAUGUCAUUAAAAUUACGGUAUUGAAAUUUGUUUUAUAAAUAACGUAACAUUGUAGAUAUAUUUCAUAAAUCAGAAAUAAAUUUUUUUUAAUCAAAAGUGCAUUAAUCUAAUGAUUUAAAAAACAUUUUUUUUUAUACUUCUAUAAAAUUAAUAUUAAAUGUGCAAUAAAUUAAUUCUUGUUUAUUUAGCAAAACAAACAACAGUUACAUUGUUUAUCUAAGAACAUUUUACUUCAUAAAAUAAUGUGGGACAAUCAGAACUUUUCAUGUGGGACAAUCAGAACUCUAAAAUUUUAAAAAGUGGGACAAUCGGGAAUAAACCGAACGUAGGUCUUUAAGUUGAGGUUCUAUUUACUAAAAGUUAAUCGGGCAAAAUAGGAUCGGGGAAAAAAACAGCCAGCCAAAUACCAUUAUUUACAAUUUCAGAGAAUCAAAGUGCUUUUGGCUGAUUAUCUCCGGCCAAUAAUCAGACGGUAUUUGAGUGGAAAUACAAACCUGUCCGAAAAGAGAAAAGGGAGGGGGGCUAAUAGCUUAACUUGCAAUUUUGAUCAUGGUUUAACUUUAUUCUUGUACGGCAUACAUUUUACCUCAAGCCAACGAUCUGUCUUCUUAAACUGUCACUCUAACAUUGUUAACAUUUGCUUCAGGUCGUUCCACUUUGCAUCUCGUCGUGAAUAUGCAUGACAUAUUUCCCACUGGACGUUAAGGGAGCAAUCAAUUAAUCAGCUUCAUCAAGUGAUGUAUUAAUUUAUCAUUAGUCUUCAGUUGAUAAUUAUCUCAAACCGUUUUCCAAUUUUUAUAUAUUUGAUUUUUUAAGCGAGGAUUUCAAUAGAAAUGACAUUUUUGAAUUUGCAUUUAUAUGGAUAGGUUUGAAAACGUCUAUAAUAGGGGAUGCUACAUAUGAAAAAUAUGUUGAAUAUUUUUUGCAAAUAGAUUCGGUUUUAUCUGAAAUAAAAGAUAUUACAAACAACUCAAUAAAUGUUAACUUUAGUUCGAAUUUUCAAUUAUACCAAUGCUAAAAUACAAAUGUCGAUGGUAAAAGGGCGACAAACAAUGGGAUUGAUUUAUAAUAUGAUGUUUGAAGAACAAGAAUAGAAUCAUAAUUAAAUAGUGUAAGGACUUUGGAUGUUUUAUGAUUUUCAUGAUUUUAUUUAAGAUUUUUUUCCACCAAUAGCAAGAAGAUCUGCAAUAAACGUAAAUUUUAGAAUUUCUUUCCUCAUUUUUCUCUUUCCAUUUAAUUUUAAUGUUUUAACAUUAAAUAAAGUAGUCCACAUGAGGGGUUACAUUGUAUCCUAUCAAGCCAAACUAGGGGAGGGGAGUAGAACAGGAAAAAAAAUCUUCAUUGAGUGGCAAUAACUCAUAUAUUGAAGCGUACAACGAUGACAGUCAUGCCUAGGUAACAAAAUUUGUUGUUUCAAGUUAUUUUUUUCUGGUAUAGUUGUCAUAAAAGCAAAAAUGGAUAAAACAUGUUUAAAGGGCAACAAUUUAUAUAAGGAUUCAACUUAUUUUGGCCGUUUCAUUUAUUUUUUAGAUAUUGUCUUACUGAUCGGUUUUGUUAUUUAAAGUUUUUCUCCAUCUUCAAUAAUUAUUGUCUUUGCAAAAGGCGCACAAAAAAUGUGUUUAAAUCAGCCAUGCGACUUAUCUGAAGAUUUAGCUAACCUUUCUUGUUGUUUAAAGAUUUCAAUCAUUUAACUUGUGCGUAGAUCGUAUUUCCCCCUCAAAGAGUUAUUCAAAUGGUUCUUUAAUGUAUAGAUAGCUUGAAACUAUCUCUACACGAGGCAUCGGAUAUACGACAUUUCUAUUCGACCGGACGUAGCUGCGUAUUCAUAGAUCCGCACAGCAAAACGGACGCACUCUUUUAGCAAGUGUUUACUGUCGGCCGGUAGAAGUCCAGAAAUGUCAAUAUUUCUAUACCCAAGUCAAUCCGUUGGUUUUGAAUAAAAGGAGAUAAAGGUAUACAUGAAUGCGACAGCAAUCCAACGACACAGAUAAAUCAAAACAUUAAGAGUCAAUAUACAGUCUUUUGUAAUAUAAAGAUGUCUAUAUAUAAUAAUAAGCUCAAAACCGCCCCAUGAUAAAAAUACGGAGUAAAUUUGAUAUUAUUUACCGUCAAAAUAUCCAAACAGACACAAGUGUGUGGUUGUAAAAUAUCACCUGCCCUUUUUAAUUUAAUCUGGAUAUCAAAGAAGGUGUAAUAUAAACCACUAGGAGAAAAACACUUCACUAUAUAGUAACGGUAAAAUAAAUGAUGAUAAUGGAUGGCUGCCUAACGUCCAGCGGCACAUUAAAAGCAUUUCAGGACAGGAACAUGUAAAUAUCUAAUGAAUAUUAACCCAGCUUUGUACUAGACCGACACGUUUAACGUGUAAAUAUAAAAAUAAGAAGAUGUGGUAUAAUUGCCAAUGAGACACGUCUCCACUAGAGAUCAAAUGACAUAGAAGUUAAUAACCAUAGGUCACCGUACGGCCUCCAACAAUGAGCAAAACCCAUACCGCAUAGUCAGCUAUAAAAAGCCCCGAAAUGACAAAUGUAAAACAAUUCAAACGAGAAAACUAACUGCCUGAUUUAUGUAAAAAAACAAUAAACGAAAUACAAAUAUGAUAUACAGGAACAAACGACAACCACUGAAUUACAGGCUCCUGACGUGGGACAGGCACACACAGAAUGUGGCGGGGUUAAACAUGUUAGCGGGCGCCCAACCCUCCCCUAACCUGGGACAGUGGGUAACAGUAUAACAUAUGAACAAACUAUAAACAUCAGUUGAUAAGGGCUUAAUUAUCUCAUCAGAUUAAUAAGCUCAUAGAUAACAGUUCGGAGGAAGAAAAGUUACCCUACCCGGACACAUUUAUGACUCAGAGCCGACCAGUCUUUUCUCGCACUCUUAAAUACCGCGUGUUGAGCGUUGAAACAGCAUAUACCAUUUUUUUUGUCUUUGUUUGACCCGGUCGGGGUUUGAACCAACGACCUCCCGCUCUCGAGGCGAAAACGCUCCCACGACACCAACUAGGAGGUCGGUAGUAUAGAAUAUCAUACCAAAAACUCAAUUACAAUAAACAAUACAGUUUCACAGAAUUCUCACAAUUACUAAAGCGAGCUGAAAGUAUUUAACCUAAAUUAGAUACGUUAAAUGAUAUUGGAAACUUCACGUAAAUAUCUAUGGCCAACUUCAGAGUAGAAUUCAUGGAUCAACGCUCUCUGCAAAUUAAAAACUCUUGCACCAAUUAUUUGAAGGGUCCGGAUGUGGCCAGCUAUUGCAAGGCUAAAUUUCUGUCCUUAUCCAAUGUACCCUCAUUUUCCAGUGGUAUCGAAGUUUUACGUCCAACCUCACUGUCGACCUCCUAUUGCAGGACCUACCUAUUGUAUUUAAAAUUUAUGUGUUCUCGUCAUGAACAUGCAUGAAAUAUUUGCCACUGGACGUAAAACAAACAACAAUCAAUCAACUUCAUAUAUUAUUCCAUGUACAUAGUACACGAAGACAAGAUCUUGUACAAUGCUCUAAUGUAAAAUUUCCAUUUAAAUCACUCAAUAAUAUUGCAAAAUGUUUUAUGUUUUUAUUUUUGUUAUUUAUUUUGCAAUUUUCUACAUGACGGAACACUAUAAAAACAUUUUUUUAAAUAUUUUUUUUACUAAGGUUCUUAUCUACUGUUUUAUUACGCUUUAUACUAUAUGAUUAUGUCAGGUAAUUAUAAAACUAAGAAAGGUAAAAAAUAUUUUCAAAACAAAAUUUAUUAAUAAAAUUUGACUGAACAGACAACACUAUUUUUUUGCAUUUACAUGUUACGUCGUGUAGGAAUUACAGAAUCAAAACCAAAAUGAACAUUUACCUGAAUAUUGUGAAGGACCUUAUGGAUCUAGGUCUGUUCGAUUAGAAGUUGUGAAACAAGCUGUUUGAAUAACUAAUUGUUGGAAGAGUUUACUUACAGUUUUCAUAUGGUCUGGGCUGAUAUGCAUAAAACCACUUAAGUUAAGAUAUCCAAUCGUAGUACUAAUCUAUCGUAGGACAUGUAGAAAAAUCCGUCCGUUCGGAACAAAUCUUAACUUAAGUAGUUUUAUGCAUAUCAGCCCUGGUCUUUACGAAUCUAUUUCAUGAUUACUGACAGAUUAAACACAUCAAAUAUAUAUAACAAGAAGUUCUUGUGCAGAACAUUCAUUGGUCAGUUGUAAAUGAGGUCUGUAUAGGGUUUUAAUUUACUCAUUUAUAAAAUAAAAAAUCAUUAUUUUGAAAAGUUAGAAUUCAAAAAUAUAAGUUUACCCCUAAAUUUUAUAAAACUGUCCUAUGGUGUUAUUCUAAAGCUACAGAAUUUAUAAUAACUAAAUAAUUAAAUGAUGUACUGCCAUUUAAUCGGUCCUUCCAAUGCAAUUAGGUAACUGUUAUUUGUAUUUAUCAUAUACUUAUAGAAAAUAAUGGUAUAAUUGUACCCCACGAUAAAACUUAUUUGUACAUAUAUUUAUUCAUUAAAUUUGAAGAAUUGCCUUAGCCGUGUGAUAUGACUUUUGUUAUCAACUGCUUCCGGUUUAUAUCAACUGCUUCCGUUUCAUACCAACUGCUUCCGGUUAUUAUCGCAUAUUUUUCUGUAACGUUAUCGCAUGACAGUUCGACGUCAUUCGGCAAAUUCCGGAAAAUGUACCUCAAUGGUACGUUUUUUUUUUUAGUAAAACAUAACAAAGUUGGAGAAAAAGAAAAUAUUAAUAAUCAGGAAAAUAUAUUAUUUCAAAAUACAAAACAAAUAUUACAACAAAUGCAUUGUUUCAAAGUUUUAAAAAUAGUUUUGUCUGUAUGUCUUCUGCUGAAGUGUAUGAUAAAAAGAACAUAACAUGUCGUUUUUCAUAUCAGACCCCUUAUCAGUCCAUAUGGUCAAAAUCAUCCCUCGAGCCUGUCGGCUCUCGGGCUGAUAACAUGAUCUAGGGCUGAUAAGGGGUCUGAUAUGAAAAAGGCCAUGUUAUAAUCUAUAUAUAUCAGUCUGAGUACUGUUUAACUAUCAUUUAAGUUGAAUAUAUUUAGAUUCGUCCAAUUCAUGGGAAUUAGCCUUCUGCAAGUGUUUUUUUGCGUACUUUUCUUAUGUUUUUGACGGUUUGUAAGUCAGUAAAAAUUCAAUGAUUAAGUUAAAAUUGACAUUAAAAGACCUCCUCACAAAAAGGGCUGUUCAAAUCCCCUCGCACUUCGGGCUCGGGGAUCUCAACAUCCCUUCUUGUUCGAAGGUCUUUUAAUAUCAAUAUUAACUUAUCAUUGAACUUUUACUAUUACUAACACCAUUUCUGAUUUUAAUCAUAGUUUGCAUCGACUUAGAUUUAUCUUCACUGUUAUUGUUCUUUUGUUUGUUUUGAUACAUGGAUGUCUUUAUAUGGUUGUCGAGGUCUUAAUCUAAUGAUAUUAAAAUUUAUGUUUUUUAAGACUUGUAUCAAUACUCAUCACAAAUUUUAUAUGAACAUAAAAUGACUAGUCGUCAAAACACAA